AUGGAUCGGAUUGAACCCGCCCAUGAAAGUCUUGAAUCCAUGUGGGUGAUCGAGCACCGGCUUAAUGAACACGGCCAAACGGUAAAGAUAACAACCACAACACGUAUCCGCAAGGACACGAUCACCGUACUUGUCCGCAUGGGGGCUAGAUCUAAGCGGGUAGCGGAGCGCCGUAGAUGGGCUAAGUUCGGAGAUGCCGUCAAUGAUGAUGAGGCCGGUGGUAGCUGCCUCACUAUGGUUUCAACGGAGGAGAUCUAUUUGGAACGACCCAAGGCUCUUUCUGGUACCAGACAGGAAGAAACAAAGCCAUCAGUACCACAGUUUGAUAAACCCGGUGCGGUCCUGAUGAUCUGCAGGAAUUGCGGCAAGAAAGGUGAGCACUGGACAGCGAGAUGCCCUGAGAAUAAUCAUUCCUCAACCGAUCAAGCAGAAGCUUCUACGUGGACCGACAAGGUUGCUACCUAUGUCCCACCAAGCAUGAGAAAAGGUUCAGAAAGAAGCAUCGCUCUCUCAGACAUGAGGAGGAGGAGGAACGACGAGAACUCUUUACGUGUGACUAACUUGUCUGAAGACACGCGUGAACCGGAUUUGAUGGAUUUAUUCGGUUCAUUUGGUGAUGUGACUCGAGUACAUGUGGCCUCGGACCAGAAGACCGGAACGAGUAGAGGCUUCGGUUUUGUCAACUUUUUGUGUAGGAAAGAUGCCCAGCGAGCAAUCAGCACACUGAAUGGUUAUGGCUAUGAUAGUCUAAUUCUUAGGGUCGAAUGGGCACACUGA